AUGGCACGGCAAAUCCCCAAAACGAUGAAAGCGGGCCAAUACGACCCUAAACAAGGAAAAGUCGUGGUCAAUGAAAUACCGGUCCCAGUUCCCGGCAAAAAUGAGAUGCUCGUCAAGAUCAAGUCGGCGUCGCUAUGCCACAGCGACUUCCUAGCCAUGGAGCAGACCAAGGACGAGCCCGUGACCAUCGGCCACGAGGGCUGCGGCCACAUCGUCGCGUUCGACCCCUCGGCCGAGGGCAAGGGCUUCUCCGUCGGCGACGCAGUCGGCUUCCUCUGCUUCCGCGGCUGCUGCUACAACUGCCGGGGGUGCAGCAUCCACUUCACCCACUGCGAGACCGGCGGCCAGCGCCUGCAGGGCUGGCCCGGGACCGAUGGGUUCUUCGCCGAGUACGCCAUCGUUGAUUACCACGCCGCGAUCAAGCUGGACGAGAGCGUGUGGGACAUGACGCGCGCGUCGGCCGUCUUCUGCGCGGGCGUGACGACGUUUCACUCCAUCGACCAGUGCGACCUGUCGCCGGGCGACUGGUUCGGCGUGGUUGGGUGCGGCGGCCUGGGCCAGAUGGCCAUCCAGUACGCCAAGGCCAUGGGGCUGAGGGUUGUUGCCACUGAUGUUGCCGUCGCGAACCUGGCCGAGGCAAAGAGCCAGGGCGCCGAUGCGGUCUUCAACUCGAUGCAGUCUGGGUACAUCGACGAGAUCAAGAAGCUGACGGGCGGUGGUUGCAAGGCCGUCGCAGUGUACACCAACGCCGACAAGGCCUACGAGACGGCCCCCAGCCUGAUCGCGGUGGGCGGCACGCUCAUGGCUGUCGGAUUGCCAAAGAACCCGAUCAAGGUUGAUGUCAUGGACAUUGCUGUUUCCAAUUAUCAGCUCAAGAGUACGAACACGGGCAACCACAUUGGCCUUCCCAAGGUUGUUGAGUUCACGGGCAAGCACGGGAUCAUGCCUGUUGUCGACAUCAAGCCUGGGUUGGAGAGUCUGCCUGAAAUGGUCGAGGCAAUGAGGAUGGGCAAGGCUUCCAAGCGUCAGGCAGUUGUAUUCAGCUAG